AUGGAAACCGAAGGUGUACGCACUGUCGUGGUCAUGCUGCCUCCCAAAAACUGCAUCCCGAGAAACUACAGCUGCAUAGCUGGGCUCUUCGGGAGCUUGGCGACGACAAAUCAAAAGGCAGAAGAGGGCGAAGAAACAAUGAAUGGGGACUGCGAACCCCCGGAAAACCAUGUAGUGGACGAGAGACCAAGAGGCAGAGAAGCCUUUCUGAAGCCACCGCAGAGUCCCACUCUGCGCCGGAGAUGCAAAUCUUUGCCUACUCCGGUCGAAAGAGCCAAAUUAGAAAUUGCACGCAGCCGGAGCCCAUCGAGUCAAAAGAAAGUACGAUUUGCCGAUUCCCUGGGUCUGGAGCUAAUUUCUAUUAAGCACUUUGACGACACAGACAUGCCAGAGGUACCCCAACGCAUAAUAGACAAAUUCAAGAAAGGCAGAGCUCUCCACUUUAACAACUUCGACAAACUGACAGCCGCACCGUCCCAGUCUAUAUUUAUGGAAAUGCUUUUCACCAACCCCGGGGCAUUACCCAAUUUUCUUGAGAAGGUGAAAGAAGUAAAGGUUUUAUUAGAGUGUGUCGAGACCGAUGAAUUCAGUCUUUCGGGCAUUGUGCGUGUUUUGAACCUCGCUUUCGAGAAAAAUGUCUUCUUGAGGUAUACUCUUAAUAACUGGAUCACAUUUAUGGAUAUUCUGGCAUCAUACGUUCCCCAUUCAACUGAUGGGUUCACAGACAAAUUCUCCUUUAAAAUCAUCACCCCGACGUUCCUUGAGAGUGGAGGCACCUUACAGUUUGCUAUUAAAUACUGUGUUGGUGGGGAAGAAUUCUGGGACAACAAUAACGGGAAUAAUUACAAAGUGAGGCGCCACAGGUUUAAAAUCUCACCACCACGCGAAUGGGAGAAUGGUUGGAUUCACUUUAUUUAG